AUGAGUAUUCCUAUUGUGGUUUAUUUAGAUGACGGGUGGGGAACUGCAGAAAAUUCAGAAAUAUGUGAAAAUAUGGCUUUACAGGUUAAAAGUGAUCUAGAAAAAUCUGGUUUCGUUGUAAAUAAUAAAAAGAGUGUAUGGACACCUGUUCAAAUUAUGGAAUGGCUAGGUUUUAAUUGGAAUUUAAAAGACGGAACUUUAGAAAUACCUGUGAAAAAAUUUGAGAAUUUAAAAAACAUAAUAUCUGCUUUAUUUGAAUGUAAUAUACAUAUCACUUGUAGAAAUUUAGCUAAAGUGUGUGGAAAAAUAAUUUCUAUGUUACCAGCAUUAGGCAGUAUUUGUCAAAUUAUGACAAGACAUUUACAUAUGACUAUUUGUUGUAGAGAUUAUUGGGAUUCUUUUGUAUAUUUGAAUGAAAAUGUUAUUCAAGAACUUAGAUUUUGGUAUUUUUACUGUGAAAAAGUUAGUUUUAGGCAAAUUUCAUAUUUUCAUAGAAUGCCUGAGAGAAUUGUUUUUUCUGAUGCCAGCGAAUAUGCAGGUGCUGGUUAUAUUGUAGGUUCAAAUAAUGUCGCUCAUUUUAUGUGGGAUAAAUCAGAAAAAACCAAGAGUUCAUCUUGGAGAGAAUUAAAAGCAGUAAGCAAUAUUUUACAGUCUGUACAUAAUCAAUUGAGUGGAAAACUUGUAAAAAUUUACACCGAUAAUCAGAAUGUGACUAAGAUUAUUAGAAAAGGUAGUAUGAAGUCAGAGCUUCAGGACAUAGCUUUAGAUGUUUUUAAUAUAUGUUUAGAUAACAAUAUUGUAUUAGAAAUUGAAUGGAUCCCGAGAGAUAAAAAUAUUCAAGCUGACGAAUUGAGCAAAAUUUUCGAUUUUGAUGAUUGGGGUGUUUCAGAUAUUAUUUUUAAAUAUUUUGAUAGAUUAUGGGGUCCAUUCAAUUGUGAUUUAUUUGCUGACAGUAGAAAUAAAAAAGUAUCUAGGUUCUUCUCAAAGUUUUUUACACCUGGUACUUCCGGCGUUGAUGCAUUUGCAUAUGACUGGUCAGCAUUUAAUAACUGGAUAGUUCCUCCUAUUUAUUUGAUUACUAGGGUUAUUAAUUAUAUGCUUAUAUGCAAGGCAAAAGGUGCAUUAGUAAUACCUAAGUGGAAAUCAGCUGUGUAUUGGAUGAUUACUCAAUGGAAACAGUUCGAAGAAUUAGCCAAUGAUUCUAGAUUUGCCAAAAUUGUCAGUGCAUUGCCAUCAAUUGUGGAAGCGUCUAGCUCAAAAUCUACUGUUAAAAAGUAUAAAUUUUAUUUUGGAAAAUUUCGUAUUUGGUGUUCCGAUUGUCAACUUGAAUCUUCUCCGGCUAAUUCAACUACAGUAUGUUUAUAUAUCGGUUCACUGAUACAGCAAGGUGUUGGCGUGUCCGUUUUAGAAUCUAAUUUUUAUUCAAUUAAAUGGUAUCAUGACAUUAACUUUAAAUACAAUCCUUGUUCUGAUAAGUUGUUAUCUAAUAUUUUGGAAGGCGGUCGUAGAAUUUUGAGUAAACCCAUCAACAAAAAAGAGCCUAUUACUACUGACAUUUUAAAGUUAAUUGUUUCUAGAUACGGCUCCGAACACGAUUUGUCUAAUUUAAGAGUGUGUUUACUAUGUCUUCUUGGAUUUUCCGGUUUCUUACGCUACAGCGAGUUAGCUAAGAUAAAAAGAAACAACAUUGUUUUUUAUGAUUCUCAUGUUGAGAUUACUAUUGAUAAGAGUAAAACAGACAUUUAUAGAAGAGGAAACACGGUUAUAAUUGCUAGGACCGGGAAUGAAACGUGUCCUGUUAAGUGGUUAAAAAUUUAUUUGAAAUUAGCUGGUUUAGAAUCUGAUUCUGAUUAUUUUAUUUUUCGGUCUUUGUCAUUUUUGAAAUCACAAGGUGUAUACAAGCUAAGCAAAAACAAUACAUCCUUAUCGUACACUAGAGCUCGUGAGAUAUUACUUAAGGCAUUGGAAGACAUUGGUUUAGAUAAAUCUAAAUUCGGGUUGCAUAGUCUGAGAAGCGGAGGUGCUACCUCAGCAGCUAAUAACGGAGUUUCUGAUAGAUUAUUGAAGGCCCACGGUAGAUGGUCAUCAGAUCAGUCGAAAGAUGGUUAUAUUAAGGACAAUUUACAUCGUCAGUUGGUAGUAUCUUUGAAUCUUGGCAUAUAA